AUGAGCACGGCAACUGUGGAUUCUUCUGUUCGCUGGAAACACCUCUACGGGGUUCUGAGCACACCAGGGCCCUUUAGCGAUGAAGACUGGGUUCCGGGACCAGAAACCAUCACCGCGCUUGAAUCAUCAAAGAUCUUAGUCAUCGGAGCUGGCGGCCUAGGAUGCGAGAUCUUGAAGAAUCUUGCUCUGUCUGGGUUCAAGGACAUUCAUGUUAUUGACAUGGACACCAUCGAUAUAUCAAAUCUAAAUCGGCAAUUUCUUUUCAGGCAAGCAGACAUUGGCAAGCCGAAGGCGGAGGUUGCUGCUGCAUUUGUAGAAAAGAGAGUCAAGGGAGUCAAAAUCACUCCAUAUGUGGGCAAGAUCCAAGACAAAGACGAAGAUUAUUAUAUGCAGUUCAAGAUCGUUGUCUGUGGUCUGGACAGUAUCGAAGCACGCCGUUGGAUCAACUCAACCCUGAUCGGCAUGGUUGACCCGGAGGAUCCUGAGAGCCUGAAGCCUUUGAUCGACGGUGGUACCGAAGGGUUCAAAGGCCAAGCACGUGUCAUUCUUCCUACUCUAUCAUCAUGUAUCGAGUGCCAACUUGACAUGCAUGCCCCACGGCCGGCCGUACCGUUAUGCACCAUUGCCACCAUUCCGCGACAACCUCAACACUGCAUUGAGUGGGCGCAUCAGAUUGCUUGGCAAGAACAUCGCAAGGACGAGCCUUUUGACAGCGAUAAUAUGGACCAUACCUCAUGGAUUUAUCAACAGGCUCUGGAGCGAGCCAAGAAAUUCCACAUCCAUGGCGUUACUUUCCAGAUGACACAGGGAGUGGUGAAGAACAUCAUUCCCGCUAUUGCAUCUACUAAUGCUGUUAUCGCCGCCGCCACGACUUCGGAAGCCUUGAAGAUCGUCACAUCCUGCAAUCCUUACUUAGAGAACUACAUGAUGUACGCCGGGGAGGAAGGAGUCUACACGUAUACCUUCGAGGCAGAGAAGAAACCUGACUGUCCUGUAUGCGGAAACCUCGCACGAACGUUGUCUGUGGAUCCCGACUCCACGCUGGAGGCUUUUAUUGAGAGCCUGGGAGAACGGGCGGAAGCACAGUUGAAAAAACCCAGCAUGCGCACAGAGGAGAAGACAUUAUACCAGCGAUUCCCUCCGCAGCUGGAGGAACAGACAAGAUCAAACCUAAAGCUAAAGCUAAGAGACCUGAUCGAAGACGGGCAGGAAAUUGCCGUCAGCGACCCGGCAUAUAUUAUCGAUUUCAGGUUCCGGCUAGUGUUUAAUAAAUAG